AUGACACUGUCAACGUUACUUGACCAUACUCUGCAAGGGAGGCGCCCAUCCGAUGUGGUCUACAUCUCGGUCGCCGCCCUUUUGGCCGCCAAGCUGCUGGCAGGCAUUCUCAGCGACGGAUUCCUGGUCAAGCGUUUCAACUUGGCGAAGUGGCGCAUUGUGCGUGCCGUUGCCGCCCCCGUCAUUCAAAAAGAGGUGAAGAAGACCGCCAAGAUGUUUAAAAUGCCGGCGAAGGAAGGCGAAUUCAAGGCGAAAAAACUGCCAGAGAAGUCUACAACAGAUGAGAACGUUCUCCGUAUUGUGCAUACGCUUCACGAAGACCUUGAUAAGCCGUACGAGGCGGGUGGCUUGAGUGGAGCCGUGUACCAUGGGGGGGCCGCGCACACUGAGCUGAUUAACCGCGUCAUGGAAGUAUUUCAGUGGAGUAACCCACUCCACUCUGACGUCUUUGGUGCCACACGCAAGAUGGAGGCGGAGGUGGUGUCAAUGGUGGUCCACAUGUUCAAUGGGCAUUUGCUCCCAGAUGCUUGUGGCACCCUCACCUCCGGUGGCACAGAAAGCAUUCUGAUGGCGCUGCGCUCGUAUCGCGACUGGGGACGCGCCAGGCGAGGUAUUGAACAUCCCUCGGUUGUUGUGGGCGUCACUGCGCAUCCGGCCUUUGACAAGGCAGCUGAAUAUUUUGGAAUUACGCUGAUAAAAAUUCCGGUCGAUCCGGUGACGCAGAGAGUUGAUGCAAAGGAAGUGGAAAAGCACAUAAAACACAAUACUGUGGCCAUUGUUGGGUCUGCACCAACCUUUCCCCAUGGUGUGUUGGAUCCUAUUAGUGAAUUGUCUGAAGUGGCAUGCCGUCAUGAAAUUGGUCUUCAUGUAGACUGCUGUUUGGGUGGUUUUAUUGUGCCUUUUAUGGAAAGGGCCGGUUUCCCCGUUCCCAUUGUCGACUUUCGUCUCCCCGGUGUCACGACAAUCAGUUGUGAUACACACAAGUAUGGAUACGCCCCCAAAGGCACAUCAACUAUCCUGUACAGAACAAAGGAGCUGCGUUCGUUCCAGUUCUGCUGCGUGGCAGACUGGCCAGGUGGCAUUUACUGUUCCCCUGCCGUGAGUGGCUCCAAGCCCGGUAAUGUCAUUGCGGGAGCAUGGGCAGCUAUGAUUCGCAUGGGAGAAGAGGGCUACGUGAGGAAUUGUCAUAAAAUUGUGGAAGCACGUAUGAAAAUCACGUCUGCACUUCGCAAGUUGCCUUAUAUUACCAUUCUGGGAGAUCCUAUCACCUCUGUGUUUGCUUUUAAUAGCGACUACGUUGACAUUUACGUCUUGGGUGACCGCCUAGGUGAGCGUGGUUGGGAGCUCAACCGGCUUCAGUUUCCUUCUGGUCUUCAGUUUUCCGUGACACUGCUGCAGACGCAGGAGGGAGUGGCGGACCGCUUCAUUCGAGACGUCACGAGCGUCGGUGAUGAGAUGUACGGCGCAGUGAAGCAGGCGGAGGAGGAAGGUAAAAGCGUAAAAAGAGGCGAGACAGGAGGGACUGUUUAUGGUUCGCAGCAGCGAGUCAGCGAUCGCAGCAUCGUUAAGGACGUACUACGGGAGUUCUUGAACCAAUACUACAGCGCAGAUCAUUAA